AUGGCCGCCCGUCGAAGAGCAUCUGACUGGGAAGACCAGCUGCCCAAGGAUCUUGAUCCCGAGGCCGAGCCUGUCGACGAGAGUGAGAACGACAGCGGCAGUGGUGAGAGCGAAGAUGAGAACGUCGGCACGGAGCAUUACGUUACUGUCGGAAAGAGCAAACUCCGCGAAAAGGAGGGGGUCUCACUCGGUCCUCAGUACCGCGGCGCGCGCGUCAGCCGAGAUGCCUUGAACGACGAAAGCGAUGGCAGCGAUGUCUUUGAGGAUGCACAGGAGCAAUUCGACUCUAACGACGAAGAAUACGACGAUCCCGAGAACGCUGAUUUGGCUGCGGACGAGGCGGCCGCCGGCGACGAAGAUUUUGAAAUCGCGAGCGACAAUGCCCUUGGCGAAAGCGACGACGAGAAGCUCGAUGAGUUCGUCUUCCGUGGCAGCUCCCAGCCGAAAGAUAAGAAGAAGGCUGGACGUAGCAAGAGACCUACUGCCGCUGACUUCAUCUCCGACGAGGAAGAGGAGGACCUGGAGGACAACGAGGGCGAGGACGAGGAUGAGGAAGAUGACGACGAGGAGGGCGGCAUGGAUCUCGGCGACGAGGAAGAUGAUGAGGAUGACGAGGAAGGGUUUGAAGGCAGCGAAGAUGACCUGCUGGCCGACCUCGAAGGCUCCGAAGGCUCCGAGGACGAGGACGAGGACGAAGAGGAGGGCGACGAAGAUUCGGAGGAAGACUCUGACGACUUCGACGAAGACUCCAAGCCUCGCCGCAAGUCCAACAAGGCCGAUGCCAGAGCCGAGCAGCGCAAGCUGAUGAGCGAAGGCCAGAAGGCCCUCUCAGCAACCCUCUCCGCCGCGGCGCAACAAGACGCGCAGAAGGGUGUCGCCGUCCGCGAACAGCGCAAGACCUUUGACGGUCUCCUCAACAUCCGCAUCCGCCUCCAAAAGGCCAUCGUCGCCAGCAACUCGUUCUCGGUCGUCGACACCGACGACUUUGAGCAGAACUCGGAACCUUACGAGGCCGCCGAAGAGGCCGCCCUCAAGCUCCUCAACACCCUCGACAGCUUCCGCGCAAGCCUUCUCCCCGCGGGACUUGCCCAAGCUGGAGAAAAGCGCAAGCGCAACGAAGUCGACGCAUCAACCUCCAGCGAGGACAUCUGGGAAGGCAUCCAGGAGACCGAGCAGCGCGCGCUGAAGUACCGCAAGAAGGUGCUCGAGACAUGGUCCACCAAGACCCGCAGCACGACCGUCGAGGUCAAGAGCCGCAACCUCAUCUCCCAGCAAUCCAUCGUCGCCUCUCUGGAGGAGCAGCUUCUCAAUACCGACCGAUUGAUCAAGCGCACGCGAACCCCCCGUUCCUGCGCGCCGGCGCAAGUCGCAAAGAAGCUCAACGAGGACCCCGAGAUCUACGACGAUGCCGACUUUUACCAGCUCAUGCUCAAGCAGCUCGUCGAGCAGCGCACCAACGACAAUGGCUCGACAGGCGCCGCCGCGCAGCCGACGGUCAGGUGGGCGGCCAUGAAGGAGGCCAAGACGAAGAAGCACGUCGACAGGAGAGCGAGCAAGGGCCGCAAGAUGCGCUUCAACAUCCACGAGAAGCUGCAGAACUUCAUGGCGCCCGAAGACCGCAGAAUGUGGGAGCAGGAUGCUGUCGACAGACUGUUCGGCACCCUGUUUGGACAGAGGAUGGGACUUGGCGAGGAGGCUUCCGACGAGGAGAUGGACGAUGAUGUUAAUGCCGAGGAGGAGGGUCUCAGGCUGUUCAGGAACUAG